UCGACGUCGCCCUCUUAUCUGAACAAAAGAGCCAUGUCCAAUUUAUCCUUUACCUAUAAUGCUACUGCGAUUCACAAUGCUUUCAAAGGAGGCAAUCAAAGCUACUGUUCUCUAAGCCCUUUUCAAUACUCCGUAUACCCGAUCGAUAGCGAUACCUCAAAGUGCCCCUCCGCCAACUCUAUUCUAACAACAUUCGGAGUUGUGAAUCUCGCGGUUACCACCUUCAGCCUGUUACUUGGAAAUCGGGUAAUAACGCACUGGUAUACCUGCGGUUAUUGCGGGCAAGAGAAGAAGAAUAAUUUCGGGAGAAAGCACCUCGGUAUUCCUAUCCCGAGUUCUAUACUCUAUAUGUGGCUCCUGCCUAUUGCGCUCCAGUUUAGCGCGAACGCUAUCAACGCCGUACUAAUGAAGAGUACUCCAAACUAUAAAGAAGGCUUCUCUAUUGGCCAAAUUAUGGUUCUCUAUUUAGUGCGGCCGCGUGUUACCUGGCUCUUGGGUAUUAUCAUAGUCAAGUGUUCUCCAGCAGCGGUAGUCAAUGGAGAUGGCGAUGGCGAAACAAGUGCCCUAUCGGAUACUCCUUCCGGCUUCAACUUAAGGGAGGAUUGGCGGCCCUGGGCAUACCAACAGAUGUUCGCAGAAUGGGUACUCCAGGUAAUUACCUCAAGCAUCGGCCUAUUGAUGCAAUCGUGUAUGCCCAUCUCGCAACCAGGUAGCGAGGAGGUUUCUUUGCAGGGCUUGAACCUUGUUAUCCCAAAUUUGGUGCUUUGUUUCGGUAUAGCUGCCGGUUCUGGUGCUAUGUUCUACGUCAGGAGGGGCGGGAAAUUUGACAGAGAAUACAAGCAAGGAGGCUCCUCUCGAUCUUGGCGUUUCCAGAUUCCAUUUGUGUUAACCUUAGCUGUCGCUGCUUUACUAUGGGCAUCAAGGUGGAUGUUUUGGGUCAACUAUCUACAAAACUUUGACGUAUACGGUUUCUGCCCACCCAAAUUCAUACAGCAGGGCGUUGUAUGGACUGUUUUCUCCGCCGCUGCUGCACCAUUUGGAGUCGGAGUCUAGGACUUGGUUUGCCUGUACCUCAGGUUAUUUCGAUAUAAUAGUUUGAGGUUUAUUCAGAUGAUCUGGCAGUCCACUGACAAGUGCCAAGGAAAGCAAACGAUCAAGGUCGGUUUGAUAAGGUAAAGACUAGAUUGACUACAAAGAUGGAAGAGGAGGGUGAGUGAGGAAGGGAUUAUAUACAUGUCGCCAAGGGGCAGAGCAAGGUCUCAUUAUGUAAAGAAGGUAGUUGUUUUGAGAAAUAUCAUAGUAAUUCAUAA